CCCCUCCCCCAAUUAUACCACUUCAACCUCAUACUUCUCUCUUGCUUUUCCACGCGCUGCGCAAUAGCCCACCAUGGAGGCUCUUUUGCGCCAGUCGAGGUCCAUGUGCCCGUUCCUCCACAAGACCUCCCCCGCCACUCUUCGCUCGCUCUCUACCACCACCGCUGCCGCUCGCCAUGAGGCCUCUCCUGGGGCCGGGUCCAUGUCCAACCUCCAAGUCCUUGCUCGUCGCUGCCCAAUCAUGGGCAAGGCACUCGCCGUGCAAAGCGCUCGCAAUGGCAACAGCGCUCUUGCCGGCGCCUUCGGCGGUGUGCGAGCCUACCACUCCCGCGUCAAUCGCGCCAAAUUGCACACUUCCACGGCGAAGGAGGCUCAGGCUGUAGAUAUUGAGAAUGUCAGAGGCAAACAAGGUCCUAUCCCAUUCGCGCACGCAGCUCAGAAGUCAGCCACGGCUAAAUCCACCCAUGUUGGCGCUCCGCCGGCCCCGCAAACCGUCAAGUUCGAUUACGAGGGCUUCUACCACAAUGAGCUGGACAAGAAGCACAAGGACAAAUCCUACCGCUACUUCAACAACAUCAACCGCCUAGCCAAGGAGUUCCCCCGCGCCCACAAGGAGUCAAAGGAAGACAAAGUCACUGUAUGGUGCUCCAACGAUUACCUUGGCAUGGGCCGCAACCCGCAUGUGCUCAAGGCCAUGCAUGAAACCCUAGAGGACUAUGGUGCUGGCGCUGGAGGCACUAGGAAUAUCUCUGGUCACAAUCAGCACGCGGUGGCGCUCGAGGACACGGUUGCAAAACUCCAUGCGAAAGAGGCCGCGCUGGUCUUUUCCUCGUGCUAUGUUGCCAACGACGCUACCCUUGCGACUCUCGGAAGUAAACUGCCCAACUGUGUCAUUCUCUCGGAUAGCCUGAACCAUGCCUCGAUGAUUCAAGGCAUCCGUCACUCUGGCGCAAAGAAAAUGGUCUUCAAACACAACGAUAUUGCCGACCUUGAAGCAAAACUCCAGUCGAUUCCGUCAGAGUACCCUAAAAUCAUUGCAUUUGAGAGUGUGUAUAGCAUGUGCGGCUCAAUUGGGCCGAUUGAAGAGAUUUGCGAUUUGGCGGAGAAGUAUGGUGCCAUUACCUUUUUGGACGAAGUCCAUGCUGUAGGCAUGUACGGACCACACGGUGCUGGUGUUGCUGAGCACCUCGACUAUGAAGCCCACAAAGCGGGCAGGCCCCACGGCACGAUUCAAGAUCGCGUGGACAUAAUUACUGGCACACUCGGAAAGGCCUAUGGCUGCGUUGGCGGGUACAUUGCGGGCUCUGCUAAGCUUGUCGAUACGAUCAGGUCGCUUGCACCUGGCUUCAUCUUCACCACCUCCCUUCCCCCAGCCACCAUGGCAGGUGCCAAGGCUGCCAUUGAGUAUCAGACCAAUUAUCAGGGCGACAGGCGCCUCCAGCAGCUGCACACUCGUGCGGUGAAGGAUGCCUUGAACGCGAAGGACAUACCGGUUAUUCCGAACCCAAGCCACAUUGUCCCUGUACUUGUAGGAAACGCAGAAGUAGCCAGAAAGGCCUCUGAUCUGCUGCUCGAAGACUGGGGAAUCUACGUCCAAGCCAUUAAUUACCCAACUGUCCCUGUAGGCCAGGAACGUCUUCGCAUUACGCCUACGCCUGGGCACGUGCGCGAGUACCGCGAACACCUAGUAGAUGCUGUCGACGCCGUCUGGAAGCAGCUCGGUAUUAAGCGUACCAGCGAGUGGGCUGCUGAGGGCGGCUUCAUCGGAGUUGGUGAGGCUGGCAAAGCGGACGAAGCUCCUCUUUGGACUGACGCGCAGCUCGAGCUUGACACCGUCUUGAAGGAAAUGAAGGCUGGCCAGGGCGCCACUGGCGUGCUUGAGGCUGUUCUAGAGAACGAGCGUAAGGCUACAGCCCACGCCGUUGCUGCAGCUGCUUAACUCUUCCAUAUGAGGUUUGGGGAGCAGGUAGAAGUAAGGUCUGGACGCUCGUUUGGUAUUUUGAGACCUAGGAUAACACUGAAGCGAUGAUAGCGCAAUCAAUCUGUUGUUCAUCUGUCC